AUGACCCUUAAGGGUGCCACCAGCCAGGCCUGUGCUGCAUGCAAGUACCAAAGAAGAAAGUGCACGCCGGAAUGCCCUUUAGCUCCUUAUUUCCCACCAGACCAACCAAAAAUGUUCCAAAAUGCACACAAGCUUUUCGGGGUCUGCAACAUCUUGAAGAUACUUAAAAGCGUCCAGCCUUGUCGUCAGUUUAUGACCAUGAAGACCAUCAUAUACCAAGCCAAUAUCAGAGACAAGUUUCCGGUGUACGGCUGUUGGGAGGUCAUCUGGCAAUUACAGUACCAAAUUAUGGUUGCGGAGCAAGAGCUUCAAAAUGUUCAUAAACAGCUUGGAAUGUACAGACAACAUCACUACCAACAGCAGCAGCAGAUUUCAGCUAUGCCAGAUUAUGUGACCUCACAAUUAGAAUUGGGCAUGGCACCACCUAAUAAUAAUAAUAAUACCAUCUCACUAUUUAAUCAUAGUACUCCACAAGCUUAUGAUAACAACAAUGCCAUACCUCACGCUUCACCUGUUACACAACAACAGCAGCAGCCUUACUCUAAUAAAAGUGACGAUGCUUACACUUCUGCUUAUGACAUUGACUCCAAGCAGAACUUUACCGCGGAGAAUGUUUUAUGGGAACACUAUCAUUUCACUACCAACGACAGCAGCAUCAAUGAGAAUAGUGAUAAUGCAGAAACAGUUCAAACCCAGUUUUGUGUUUCGCAGACGGUAGCAUUUGAAUCAGGAGAUGCUCAAGAUUAUGAUGAGCUGCACCCAUUUUUCGAUACCAUAGAUGAUAGACAAUCAUACGUUGAUUCCAAAGAGGCUUAUGAAUCAAGCAGCUCUGAAGAAUCGUUUAAGGACACAACACAAAUAUCGAUGGAUCAUGCGCCACAUAACACAUUGAAGAGUGCCGCAGCAUGCUUCAGUCUUUCCAGUGUCAAGUUAUCAGUAAGCUAGAUACACCAUUUUGGCUGUGUUUUUUUUCCUUCUGUUUAUUUAUAGUUCUCCAUCAUGAGUUUCAUAAGGGAAUAUUCAA